AUGUCGGGCCGGUCGGUGCGGGCCGAGACCCGCAGCCGCGCCAAGGAUGAUAUCAAGCGGGUGAUGGCGGCCAUCGAGAAAGUGCGCAAAUGGGAGAAGAAAUGGGUGACAGUUGGUGACACAUCCCUUAGGAUUUACAAAUGGGUGCCAAUAACAGAGCCCAAAACAGAUGAUAAAGCCAAGAACAAGAAAAAAGGCAAAGAUGAAAAGUGUGGUUCUGAGGUGACGACCCCAGAAAACAGUUCGUCUCCUGGGAUGAUGGAUAUGCACGAUGACAAUAGCAACCAGAGUUCUAUAGCUGAUGCUUCCCCCAUAAAGCAGGAGAACAGCAGCAACUCGAGUCCCUUGCCCGAGCAGAACUCGACAGGGCAGGUAGAUGGUCCUGGCUCAAAGUCGGACGAUACUCCGACGGAUGCAAAAGAAGAAGCUGGGUCAGAAGAUGCAUCUGAUGAACAGAAUUCACAGUCUUCGAUGGAGAAUUCCAUCAAUAGUUCGGAGAAAGUUGAAACAGAGCCUUCAGCGGAAAACGACACAACCACAGAGACAUCUAAAAACUCUCAGGACUCUGAAGGAGUGCCACCUCCUAAAAAGAUGAAAGUAGAGGCUCCCUCUCAAGAAAACAUGGAUGAAAUAUAAACUUUAGAUUUUUCCUGGGCGGUUUUUAUGUAAAGGUACAUCAAUGGGCUCAAUUAUCGAACAACCGUACAUAAGCAUCUUCUCUUGGACCAGGAGAAAACUCCUAUAAACUUUCCAAGCUACCAGGCGAAAACC